AUGUUCCGUUCUACCCGAGUGCUCCUAAGUGCUCUGACAAAGAGAACUCACAGAGUGAAGGUCCAGGUGUUAAGGGACUUCCCACGAUUUCAACUAUUUAAAGGACAGGUUACCAAAGUCAAACCAUCUUUGAUGAGGAACUACUUGCAUAAUUUCAACGGGGCCAAAUACAUAAUCGACGAGGAACGUGACGUAAACAUGGAACUAUUAAAAUUGCACCAAGCGCAUGAGUUGAAAAUGGAGGAAGAACGCCAACUGCUCUCCAAACAACAAGAAAUGGAAGCACAAAGGAGAAAUAAGGUACAGAGACAAGCUGUGUUUGGUCAGAAGGCAAAGGAGAGUCCAAAAGAAGAAAAGAAGGGUCUUUUGGAUUCCGGGAUCACUAUCGAAGAGGUCAAGAUCCCAGGUUUGGAUAUUUGA